CAUGCCUUUGCUUCCAAAUUUCCAAGUUUCUUUUGCGCAUCCUUCUUGCGCAUGAUUUUUGGAAUCGGAUUCGGAUUUUGUAUUAUUUGGUUUGGAUUUGGGUCGAUUCGAUUAUGGCAGGCGAGAAGUUCGGUGUGUGAAUAAAUAUUGUUGAUGUUCAGUGGUACAAGGAUGCCUUAGUACCAUUUUUUAAGUUUGUAUUUUAUAAUUUCUGUGUCUUUAGAAAGUAAAGGUGAUAUAUUUGCUGUAAAAUUGUUACCAAUGCUGAAACAAUUGCAAAUGGGCCUUCGAGCGUUUAUGCUACUGGCUUCUCGAGUGUGGACUUGUAUUUGUUUUCUAAUCAAAAAGAAGGUUAGAGCUAUUGUACAGCAUCAGCCUGUUAAAUAUGAAAUCUACCCGCUGUCUCCACUUUCCAGGCACAGACUGAGUCUGGUGAAGCGCAAGGUGUUAGUGUUGGAUCUAGACGAGACUCUGAUACAUUCACACCAUGAGGGUGUAGUGAGACAAACAGUAAAGCCAGGGACUCCACCAGACUUUGUACUUAAGGUGACAAUAGAGAGGCAUCCCGUACGCUUCUUUGUCCACAAGCGGCCGCACGUUGACUACUUCCUAGACAUUGUAUCCCAAUGGUAUGAGCUAGUUGUGUUCACAGCGAGCAUGGAGAUUUACGGUGCUGCAGUUGCCGAUAAACUGGACAACAACCGAGGAAUUCUGAGGCGAAGAUACUAUAGACAACACUGCACCCCCGACCUGGGCAGUUACACCAAGGACUUGUCAGCCAUUUCUGGGGAUCUGGCCAAUGUUUUCAUCCUAGACAACUCCCCAGGAGCCUACAGAGCUUAUCCUGACAACGCUAUUCCUAUAAAGUCGUGGUUCAGUGACCCGAUGGACACAGCAUUGCUAAACCUGUUGCCGAUGCUGGAUGCGCUCAGGUUCACCCAGGACGUGCGCUCAGUGCUCAGUCGCAACCUUCACCUACAUAGGCUCUGGUAGCACCACACACAUGCAGAGAAAUUUUGUGUUUGGGGGAGAGAGCGAGUGCUGUUAUAACUGAAUCCUGUCUCGGCCAGACAAACAAAACCUGAAGAGUAGGGUAGAGAUUUUACAAUGUGGCCUAAACAAAAAUUUUUGUGGUAAAAAACUGUAUAUAUGACCUCAUACACCAGUCCUAAAGUGUGAUUUGUAAAUUGAUUGACUGUAUUGAUUUUCAUUAAUUUAUAUGUUAGACUAGAUUUGAUUUUGGAUUCAACCUGUGUUAUUUUGAUAUUUAUUUGGAACAGGCUUAAGUUUAAAUCCUUUGAUGUAUGUUUUGUAUUUAUUUGUCCCACCUAUUUGGACGUUAUUAUACUUUUAUUAUUAUUAUUAUUAUUAUACUGUACCCUGUUCAUUAUUAUAAUAAUCAAUAUGUUAAAUGUAUACUGAACUAUUGUGUAUAGUACUAUUGACUGUAUACUUGAGUCAAAUCAUUUUUCAGAGUGAUUUAAUAUGAUAAUAAGAUCAGAAACAUUGUGAAACAUAUAAUUGUUUUAAUUUUAAUAUUUUAAAUUCCAAUCUAAUUUUUGGAGACAGCCACGCACACUUUGGUGCGUAUUUCAUCCUGAAUACGAAUGAAGGGUGAGAGAAGAAUGGCGUGAGAUGAUCUGUGCAGCUUUAUCUCCGACUAUGACCAGAUGUUCCUUAGCCAGGAUCGUUUUAUUAGAAGCUCAAUGAUCAAGGGCAACUGAGUCCAGCUUCGGACAAUCGAAAAGCUACUCCCUUUCCUCAGAACAGAGUAUUUUGUUUGAUUACCAGGCGAGCUUUAUAACCACUCAUUUAUAUAACCUCAAAUAGCUAUGCCUGAAAUGCAGAACUGAUAGUGUCACAAUUGAAAUUACGUUAUGUUUUAAUGUCAAUAUCUUUAAAUAGACCUAUGGGAGGAGUAAUAUUUUUAAUUUGGUUUAAAAUAUUUGGCUUUUUUGCCUAUCAUAUUGAUAGUUUCUUUUUGUUAAUAAAUAAAAAUAAAAGUCUGUGUAUUCUAAUUUCAGCAAUAGAUUGUACUCAAGUAGUAUAUACAGUGAAAAGUUGCACAUAAUUGGUUUAGCAUAUUAAAAACUAAUUGCUUAAGAAAAACUUAUGAACAUUCUAAUUGAAUUUGAUUGAUUUUUAGAGCGAUUAAAAUGUUUUUUUUUUAAACCUAAUAGCUUUGAUACUUAAGUGUAAGUGUUUUUAAACAUAAAAUACAAGAAAAUUUAUGAUUGUGUAGGUUAAAUUUAAUAGUAAGAUGUAUUAAAUAAUUAUAGAUUCUUUAAAUUUGUAUUUAUACUAGGUACAAUGUUUCAUGUAGGAUGUUCUUCACUGAAAAGGAGUGUUAAGCUCACUUUCUGCCUUUAAAAGUAAUAUAUAAAUUGUUGUAGAUCUUUUAUGAUACAGUUUUUAAACAUUUCUUUACAGUGGUCAUUUUAUAUAUUUUUUUACAAAAAAUCUUGUUUGUCUGCUAAAAAUGAUUACCACUUUGGUUGAAAAACAAGUUUAUCUGAUAUAUAUAUAUUUUUCAAAUUGUACUAAUUUACACUGAUUAGAACUCACCCAAAUAAGUUGAAAUAUUUUGUACAGUGAAAUAGGUGGACAAACACUGUAGAAAACCUGCUCUUUAAUUGUUAAGUUAAUUUGACAAGUAUCGAAGUAUCAUAGGUUUUGUUAUGCUAGGAACACUCCUAAAUUUCUAUCAAUUUAACCAUAUUUACCUCUCCUUCAAGUGGGCUUGAUCAUUCUUUCUCAACCAUUGUUCUUGUAAAUGUUCUUAUCAGGAACCCAAUGUAUACUAGCACAGUUGAAAUUAGCCACUAAUGUAAUCUAAGACCUAGAGUUUGGUACCUUAAUCGUCUGACAAUGUAUCACUCUGACUCGGACGGUGUACAGUGAUCUCAAGUCUCCACGCUCGCUCUCCUAUUGUUGAUAAUAGUCGACUCAGUAGUUAGUUGACUCUUAGUGAGAUUGAUAGUAUCUGUGUUAUCAACACUUCAGUGUAAGAAGUCUGUGGGUUCAAGUGUGUUUAGUUUAAAAUAUCAUAAUAUUGCUAUACAAAUUAAAGUACAGUAGAACUCAAAUCAUCCGGUUUGUUUAUAAUCCAGAUCACGUCAACGUUAAGAGAAAUCAGCAAAAAAGUUAAUUUCCAUUCGGUGUCCAUCUGUGGUGAAUCUAUUGAGUGACGUUUGACACAAAUUAUAUAAUUUAGUGUGAAAAUACUUGUUCUUGUUAAUGUUGUUUGGUUCAAAUAAUUUUUCUUUAACAAUGCAUACAUCCGGAUUUUUUAUCAUCAAAGUCUCAAUUAAUUGGAUAAUUGGAGUUCCACUGUAUGUAAGACUUUUCCGCUACCUGUGGUUGAUUGUAAAUUUCAGUGUUUUGUGAGUGUUUAGUUCUCUAAAUGUUUAUUGUAAUAAAAUCCUGCGAACAAUGAUAUCAGGAGUGAUAUGGGGUCUGAUUGUGAGUCUUCCUACAAACAUCCACGAAGUACAGCUGUUGUGCCUCAUUAGGUUGACAUUAUACUUCGAAAAUAGUAAGUGUAACGCGAUACUUCUAUCUAAAUGAUGAUUAUGAUUACUUUCAAGUCAAUUUUGUUAUUUACAAGCUACUAUAUUUUUUAAAGUGAAGUUUAAAGUAUUAUUUUUAAAAAGUAAGAAAAAGAAAAUGAUUUUUUUUAGUUUAAGUUGAUACAAACUUUGUUAACAAACAAAGUUACUGGGUAAGUAACAACUUACCCAGUAGAUAAGUUGUCUCUUACCAUUUUUACUUGACAAAGAAAAAGGCAGCAGGCAAACCCACAGACUUCUUUCCGUGUAUCAUCUAGUGUACAUUUACCUGUCUUUGUUAUUCUUCUAAAUCCCCUGUUAUAAUGUUGCAUGUGAACCGAUUUGUGGUUUACCUUUAAUAAGUGAAUUUCCCCUAUGGGGAAGAAGCUAUUGAGUUUACAAUGUAAAAUUUCACAAUGGAAUAGAAAAUAAAUUGUAUAGUGAAUUUAUCAUCUUGAAAAUAGGCUCAAUGCUGAUUAAUUUCAACAUUUUUGGGUCAAUUGACAUGUGUUGCUGCUUAUCUUUAUUUUUACACAAAAAAUUGUCUGAAAUGAUAAACAAUUACUUUAUAAAGGCUUGCCAACUUUCUCUUCAAUCAGGCUUACAAGAUUCGUUAAAAAAUCAUGUUUUGAGUGGAUUACCAACCAAACGCAUUAUAAACAAAUUAUUAUUCUUGUUGUCGUCUAUUGUCUAUGUUAUCGUGCAACAUUAUAACUGAUGGCAGUUAAAUAUUCUCAUGUAUCAUAAACAAUUGCAAUACCAGCACAAAUAAAUACAAUUUUGUUUUGGAAAAUAGGUAUUUUUAAUAGAUUUGUAAAUUGUAAUAUAAAUGUUACUUUAGAGACUACAAUAUACAUUAUAAUUUACAUUUUUUCAGGAUUCAAUUUUAUGAAUCCUUUCUCCUAAGUUUUGAAAUGUUCAAUUUUUAAUAUCUUUAUCGAAUGAUAAAACUGUUUUAGUGUCAUCAAAUCAUUUCAUUUGAUCAAAUAUUGAAAUAGAGUUUGAACUAGACUUCUGGUUGCGGUGUAAUAUUUAGGUGCUGCAUUUUCUUUAAAUCUAAUUUUUAAAGUUGUAAAUAUAUUUUGUGAUUAAAUGAGGCAAUUUUGUUAGUUCUUAAGUGUGACUGACCCAAAAAUUUAUCACUGUUUUUAUUGAAGGUGUUUUAGUUUUUGAAUAACGUAGGUUAAUUAAUUGGAUUGUAUCUUUAGUCUGUUAUAAUCAGUUUUCGAGCUUCAGAUAGCUUCCAAAACUAAGGGGUAUGCGUUUUUGUUUGUACAAUCAUGUACCAAAGACAACUAAUUAAAACCUUUAAAUGUUUUUGCUUUGAUAUUGUGAUAAUUUCUCUUUGAAAAGAAAACAUUAAAUACAAUUUUAGUUCAAUACUUAA